GCUACUUAAAAGAUCUAAGAAAGAAAAUGGGUAUAUCUCUCGAAUCCAGAGAAGUUACCAAUCACAAUGGAUAUCUGGAUGUUGUGUGUGGUCGUGAAUAUACUCCGACAGGCGAGCGGCCAUUUUGCUUCAAAGGAAAGUGGAAUGAACGUGUAUUAUCUCCGUGCCGAGAAAGAAGUUGUGAAAUUUCUAGAAUCCCUAAUGGAGUACUUACAGUGCGACGUCUUGGACCGCCGUAUUUCACGUUCAGCGGAUGGGUGCGAGAUGAUUACUACGACGAAAUACCUCUCGGAACAGAAAUAUCGUCAGGUCACAUGCGUCAUCUUACUUGCUUCGAUGGAUAUUCAGUUCAAGGGUCUGGUUCAUCAGUUCUUGCGGUAACAUGCCAGAAAGGCGAAUGGUACCCUAACCCAGUCUGCCUCCCUCAUGGCAUGCCAUAUGUGGAAGCAGUUGUGACAGCUGUUUCGACAUUAAAACCAUCAGCGCCGAAGACAGUCGCCGUAGCUGAGGUAUCAUCUACGGAGACUAAUCUAAAGCUUUCGAAGACGACAACGCAACCACCAACUAGUUCCAGCACCGACGGUAAGGAAGUAGACCAGCCUCACACAGUGUCCGUCGCUGAAAAUAAUAAUGUGGCAGAACGUUGCUCCUGCAAGUAUAACAGUCCGGAUAAGAACUUGGUAGCUUAUGCCGGAAAUGAACUAUUACAGAAUGGAAAUCACGUAAAGUCCAACUGCACGGUAAAAUUUCACUGCAAAGAAAUUGGCUAUUACCGUCUGACGGGUCCAAAGGAAAUAACUUGCACAGACUGUCGUCCUUUUCAUUCUGCUGCCUAUCCUGAAUGCAAGGAACCUGUGCAUGGUGAUACAGCUAUUUUUUUCGAUGAAAACCUGAAAGUGAUGCCUGAUGGAACCCUUUCGUUAAUAAAAGGGGUAACUGUGAGACUAACAUGCCUUGGAAACAUCCGAUAUCCAACCUGGACAUUUCCAGAAAGUGAAAAUACUCAUACUCAUUAUGAGGCUAAAAAUACCGACGACGGCAUAGUUUACACUACAUUAUUAGACAUUGUGGAAGCAAGUUCGGAGCAUGAUGGAAAGUACAAUUGCGCUAUGGAAGGAUAUGCUCCGACUACUAUCAACAUAAAAGUAUUUGAUCCCGAUAUGCGUUGUCCAUUGCUGGAAGAAGGAAAUAAAUUUAUCAUCGAAUAUGAUCGAGACAGACUUCCCAACAGCACUGCUAAAUUUGAUUGCAAGAAGUUAGGACAAAAAAUAAUCGGAGCAAAUGUUUUGACAUGCUUAAUGGAUGGUCAUUGGUCUGCCGAAACUCCGGAUUGUACAGAUAUCACAUGCCCUGAAUUCGAAGAGUUUGAAGAAAUGGUAAUAGAAUAUUCCAAGGAGCAGAAAAUUGGAAGCGUAGCCACAUUUUUUUGCGGUAGCGGCGAUGCAUCUGGAACCUCAAAAUGCCUAGAAACUGGGGUUUGGUCAGCCCAGAUGCCAUCUUGCUCAAAAAUCAGGUGCCCUGCGUUUAAAGAGUCCGAAGAUAUGUUAAUAGAAUAUACCGCUGAGCAGAGACCCGGUAGCGUAGCCACAUUCUUUUGCGGGAAAGGCGAUGUAUAUGGAACAUCCAAAUGCCUAGAAACUGGUGAUUGGUCAGCUUCGAUGCCAUCUUGUUCAAGAAAAGAAGUUCUGUGUCCUACACUCGACGAGACGAAAUUCCAAGUCGUUUACGAUGGGGAGAGAAAGGUAGAUAGCCAGGCCAAGAUCAGCUGCUUGACAACACUGCAGAAAUUGAAUGGAUCAGACGUUCUGAGAUGUCUGGAAAACGGACGUUGGUCCCAUGUACCGGAUUGCAUCGACAUUGAAUGUCCUGCGUUUGAAGAAAAUGAAGACAUGCAGAUACAGUAUACCCAGGAUCGAAAGGUUGGCAGUUCUGCCAAUUUUCAUUGUUUUUCUCCAGCAGUUUUAUCUGGGAAAUCGACUUUGAAGUGCCUGUCAAAUGGAGAGUGGUCAGGAAACACACCUUCCUGUCUCAGACCAUCAUGUUCCCUAAAAUCUCUUUACGAAAAGCUUCCGGAAAAAAUAGUAAUAGGUCAGGACCAACCGAAUAAUGAUAUCCCGUAUGGAACAAACAUUCCACUGGCAUGCGACGAUGGUCUACGACCAGAAGGCAAAGCUGAAGCUAAAUGUGAGGAAGAUCAAAAGUGGACAAUUCCCAGGGUCCGUUGUGUUUCCGGAUGUGGACCUAUCCCGAAAGCUGAUAAUUCUCAACUCAUUAUAGAACCUGAAAAAGAAUUUUAUGUAUUUGGGGAAUCUGUAAUAUUUUCAUGUCCUACAGGACACUCUUUAACUUCAGAGCUUCAACUUGUCGUGUGUAUAAGCAACACCUGGUCAGCAGAUGAAUUUCCAGAUUGUAAAAAUGUGUAAAUCGUGUGUAAAUAUAGAAUAUUAAUACAGUCCUUUUAUCAAAAGAAAAAGACACUGAAUUAGAAAAAUUAGCUUUUUCAAUUCUGAAAUAUAUCUCAUGAAACUCUA